UAUGUCCUUCUGCUUGCACCUCUGAAUUCUCCCAAGGCCAACUAGAGAUACAGUCCUGGGAUAGUGUGCAGCUCAGAGACUGCUCCUGAUGUUGCCUUUGCUUGUGCCAGAGCCCUGUAAAGCUGGGCUGGUUGCAGCAGACAUUUCAUCAGCUAUUGCUGUGGUUAGAUGUGUAGUCAGAAGUGUUCAAGCAAUUGCAACUUCCUGUCCCACUGUAUACUUUCAAAACCUUAUUUUCAGAACUCAGUUCAACCAUCUGCCUUUUCCUCCAUUUCUUUCCCAUGUCAAAAGGGGUCUGAAAUUGCACGAAAUGGCAAAAUUGAUUUUAGCCUUCACUGCUGUUCAGAGCUGAGUCUGGGCCUCCACAGCACCUCUACUCUCAUGGCAUCAGAGACCUGGCAAACUGCAGCAAGGAAGGAUGACUGACACCCCAAAUUGAGUAUUUUCCUCCAACUUAAUAGGCCUGCAAUAAUAGCUAUUAAUCCUCCCAAAAGAUCCAGAGUAAAGCAGGAACAAAACUGUCCUCAUAUUGUUCAAAUUAUUUUCUGUCUUGUUCCAAAUGAUGAGGGCUCUAAAAGAAAAGAAUUUGUAUCCACUGCAAGCACAGAAGACCUGAAAUCAGUUUCCAGAAUGUGACACACAGGCAGUUGCCAGCCUGAUCAAUUCAGUUCAAUAUUGCACCAAGUAUUUCAGGACUACAUGGCAUUCUCAGUGGAAAAUACUCAGCAGUCACAACUAAUUGAUAUUUCCAGAACUAUAGCAGUUAAAUCAUUUAGUGUUCUCUUGCAGCUUAUGUUCUCAUGCCCACAGCUCUGACAACAAGAGAGUUUGGCACUCUGUGUUCAUUAGAGUUGAACACAGCAGCUCAGCUUUCAGAUGAAAACACAUUAACAAUUGCAAAGUGCACAUUUUAUGCUUCAUCUUGUAUUUUCAUCUGAGAGCUCAGCCUUCCUCUAGAGUGGAAGCAGUGUUCCUAGUGAGAACCCUGUGGCCUGCAGGUCCACCUUUCUAAGAGCAAGAGCAUGAAAGAUGUCUAGCUUGAUUGAAGGCAUAUGUACAAGCUUGUCUUAGUGGAACAGACAAAGCCUGUUUCCACUCUCUGCGGUGUCUAUUCUUCUGUUUAUGUGGGACUACUAAAUUUUUCUUAUGUAAUUUGCAGGUGUACAAAAACAGUCAUUGCAAAAAUUCAUUAUUUCAAGGCAUAGGUGCAAGCAUUAGUGUUUAUAUUUAUAAACAAUGGAAACCAGUAAAAAACAUAAUCUUGUGCUGUCCUACACCUUUUAUGUUUUGAGGACAGCAAGUAACACGGUCCCCUUUCAGCCAUGGCUGUAGCUGCCUGUGAUGGCACCUCUGCUGCAGGCAGGAGGGAUUUGUGCUGUACCCAUUCUCUCCAGGAACAGAAGGCCUUUGGAUGAUCUAGUAAUUGGGAACUAGCAUUGAGUUAAUAAUUAAUUAAACUGAAUUCUAUUACAAUUGGAGGGAAGGGGAGAGGAGGAAGAAAAUGAGAUGGAUCUGGGUAAACAUCACACAAUAGAAUUAAUGACAGGCACAUUAGGAUGCAGCAGAAGCCCAGCCUCCAGAUCCCUAAUUCAUCACAUGCUGCUGGAAAACACCAGGCGAGCAGAGGGGAAAGAGGCUGAAGUUACUAUCCCAUACACAUUUCAACAGGAGCAUUCAGACCAAAUCAGCUUGUAUAAGAAGAUGUGUUAAGCAGUUUAUUCUCUUGGCAGAGAUUCAAGUAGCUUAUUUCUGAAGAAUGGCAUUGAGUGACCUCCUUUACCCAGAUAAUCCCAAGAGAAAGCAAGAACUGAUCCAUCUGCACCAGGAAUUGCUUGACUGUAUGUCCACAAAUUUCCAUGCAACAAAUGAGCUGGCUGGAGUGCUGAAUGAGCACCUGGGCUGCACUAUUACCCCCAUUGAGAUGAGAGAGAGCAGUACAGUCAAGGAAAACUGUGAGAUUAUCAUUCAAGUGAUGAGUGAGAUUCAGCACCAGGUGCAGAAGAUUGACAGUGACAUGAAGGACAAGCUCGAGCCAGUGCUGUACCAGAAGCUAUAUGAUAUCAAAGAGCCCGAGCUAGAGAAAAUUGCAAUAGCCCAGAGAGUUUUUUCCAUUAUUUUUGGAGAAGCAACUUCAACAGCUGCAAUGGUAGCCAUCAAACUUCUUGGCUCCGAUCAUUUAACUCUCACUGUGAGCAAGCUCAUCGGUGUCCUUGCGCAGAUUGGGGCCUCUGUUCUUGGGGGAGUUAGCAUUACCAUCAUUGGGCUGGGCCUGGAGAUGAUUCUCCAUGCCAUCCUGGGAGCUGUGGAGAGAAGCCAGCUUCUGACAGCUGUGAGGAGCUAUGAGAAGCACCUGGCUGAGUUUAAAGCAGCCUCAGAAAAGUACCAGCGUGCCAUACAUGAAGUGACUUCUUUGGUGAGACAGCAAGUUCAGUAAAUGAAGGUGGAGUUCUCUCUUCUGCUGUCACAGCAGCUGCAGCAGCUUAUGCCUGCAGAAACCUUUUUGAUUCAUUAUGACAAACAAACUACUAAUGGCUUUUUAUUUUCUUAUUUGUGGCAGCAGAAGAAGAAAAGUGACAGUUCAGGGAACUGGCACUGAAAUACAUUAAUAGAGAACUGGUUUACAGGUGUUUUGGGGGGCAGUGUUUCAAAUACUUUGCACCUUUCCUUAAGCUUAUUUUCUGGGAAGCACAGUAGGUAACCUUGAACUGUAAUUCAUACUGGAGACAAUGAUACAGACUGCUGAACUGGUAGUGGUGAGAAGGUGUGUUUCUGUAUCAAAGAUGACAACACAAUGGGAGAAAACAAUUUCAACAAGGCAAAGCAUCUGGAAGCUUUAUGAAGACAUCUGUGGUUGCUAAACCCUUACUGUGGUUUAGUGCUUAAUCUGAUAGACUGAAUUCAAUUACAAGGACUAGCUGAAGCAUAUUUAACUGCUAUUUUCUGCCCUCCUAAGGAGCCAGCAAGAGAUCUUCUUUAAAUAAACUCUAAUCCCAGUAGAUUGGCAAGUAAGAGAAGCCUGGGCCUACAUGCAAACAGACACAACCUUGCUGCACCACUGAGAGAAACCAGCUGCAGCAUUCUGGGUAUGCCUGGCCAUGAAUAACCUCUUGUGCUUGUAAUGCUCUGCUCCUGCCAACCCACAUGUAAAAGUUUCUGUGCAAAGUUGCUCUUUUGUUGAUUGGGGUGGGAUAUUACACAUGUACAAGUGCUGUAGGAUUGCAGCCCUAUUAAACGAAAGUUAUUUUCAAGCGCUUUACCUGAUCCCACCAAUGUGGGACUGCCAAGAACGUGCUCAGAUUCUGCAUUUCACAAUAUGCCACCAACUGUCCUUAUUUUUCAGAUUUUAAAACCAAAGCUGGAAGAAAGAACAUUAUUUGUAGUGUCUUGCUCUGAUUUGCUGUGAAUUGUUUUUUCUUGAUCUUAGAAAAAAAGGUAAUUUAAGAAUUAAUAAAAAUGUACAUGAGUAUUGGAA